GAUGGCGUCGUCUUAAGAAUAAACCGACGUGAAUGAGUUUAUCGAUGUAGAAGUGCGCCUCUCUUGAGGCCCAGGCGUUGUUUUAUGGUCGUUCCGUAAGAGAGUAAUCUUCACGAUCAGAUAAGUGUCUUGUAGGCGUUGCCGAACGGGUAGCGGAUACUGUUGCCUUUCUCCUGCGACCCUCCGGUGACAGCCGGGGAGGCGAGGUGCUGAUAGACAGGAUGGACAGCGGAGAGUACAUCUCCACCAUGGAGAGCAUGGACCCGACUUUAGCGGAAUUAGGGGAUGAAUUCACCCUGGGAGACAUCGACGAGAUGCUGCAGUUUGUCAGCAACCAAGUGGGGGACUUCCCAGACUUGUUUGAAGACCAGAUGACCUCAGCACCAUCUGUACAGAGUGGCAGUGCCAGCACCACCCCACGACCUGCCAUGCAGACCCCUCAAACCCCCCCAACUCCCCAGACACCAACCCCCGCUGGCUACCAGAGCUCCAACGUUGGCCUCACUGCCACCCAGACACUAUCUCCCCAGCCUCUACCCCUCACCCCUCCUCUCACUCCCGCCCAGACCCCCUCCCCCACCACCGCCUCCUCAGGGCAGCAGCAGGUGACCCGCAGCCCUCCACUCCUUCAGCCACGGCCACAGGUUGUCCAGCCCAUCCAGCCUCAGCCCCAACAGACGGCCCAGCCCACCAUCCAGGUGCACACCCAGGGGAUCCCCAUGCAGACUCAGAGCUUCCCAGUCCACACCCUGGUUCAGACCCACAGCCAGACACCUCUGCCCAUCCAGACCCAGGCGGCCCAAACUGUGAUGAUUACAUCUAACGGCGGACGCUUCAUCCAGAACCCCGUCAUCUGCCACCAGAGCCCUGCUUCUGGCUUCCAAGUCCUCCAACCACAGAUGCAGAGCAUUAUGACAUCACCACAGCUCCAACCGGUGACCAUUCAGCAUCAGCGUGUUCUGACCCCGACCGGUCAGACCAUCCAGACUCUCUCCACAGCGCCCACCACAGUCCACACAAUGCAACAGCAGGUGCAGCAAGUACCUGUUCUGGUCCAGCAGCCUCAGAUUCUGAAGACAGAUUCACUGGUUCUGACAACACUCAAACCAGAUGGGACACAGGUGCUGUCUACCAUGCAGAGCCCCACAGGGAUCACCACCUUGACCGCGCCCAUCCAGAACACAGCUCUGCAAGUCCCGACACUGAUGAGCAGCAACAUCCUGACCACCGUCCCGGUCAUGAUGGGAGGAGGCGACAAGCUGCCAAUCAAGCAGCUACAGCCAGGCUCCUCCCAAUGCACAAAUGGAGCCAGACCAAGCAUGGAUCAAGGCCAAGUAAUGGGAGGAGGAGUGGGCCCAGGAGGAGUGGUGAAGGAGGGCGAGAGGAGGACGACCCACAACAUCAUCGAGAAGAGGUACCGGUCCUCCAUCAACGACAAAAUCGUGGAGCUCAGAGACCUGGUCAUGGGCAAUGACGCGAAGAUGCAUAAGUCAGGAGUGCUGAGGAAGGCCAUUGACUACAUCAAGUACCUGCAACAAGUCAACCACAAAUUACGACAGGAGAACUUGGCCCUGAAGAUGGCCAACCAGAAGAACAAGCCUGUGACGCUGCCUGAGGAUGUGGAGCUUAAACAGGAAAUAGUGAUGAUGUCACCUCCAGCCUCGGACUCUGGUUCUGGUUCCCCUUCCCAAUUCUCUCCUUACUGUGUGGAUUCAGAGCCAGGCAGCCCCUUAAUGGAUCACGAGCAGUUAAAGAGCGAGCCAGAUUCACCCUCCUCAGUCGGAGUGAUGGAUCGUUCUCGACUGCUUCUCUGUGCCCUGACCUUCUUCUGCCUGUCCUUAAACCCGCUGCCAUCUUUGCUGGGCUCUGAAACCUCCGGGAGCCCCAGUUUUUCUGCAAGCCACGGGCCAUCUAGAACGCUGGUCUGGUUCCCAAGUCACACACAGGACUUUGCAUCCUGGCUGCGGUGCCUGUUGCCAUGGGUUAUGGUGUGGGUGCUGAGCGGGGUGGGAGCGGUGUGGGGCUGCGUCAGGGUGCUCUACCUGUGGGAGCCCGUCACACCCCUUCACUCGCCAAAAUCUGUGUCGUUCUGGAGGCACCGCAAACAAGCCGACCUACAUCUUAACAGGGGAGAUUACACAGCAGCAAUGGCCAGUUUAGAGACCUGCCUGUCCGUCUUGACCAGAGCUCUUCCCUCAACCAAUCUGGACCUGGUUUGCUCGCUGUCCUGGAAUCUGAUUCGCUACUUCUUGCAUCGUCCAACACCCCUGGGCUGGCUGGUUCACCAGGUCGGGGGAAAGCAUGAGGGAGAGGAGGCUAGGACCAGCGCGAGGGACGCAGCACUGGUGUACCACCGGCUGAGCCAGCUACAGCUCACAGGAAAGCUGCCUCAGCGCAGCAGCCUGUGGGCUUUGUCUCUGUCUCUGAGCGCUGUCAACCUCAGCGAGAGCGCCCAAGGCAAGAUGGCUCCUGCCCAGCUCACCCAGAUGUAUGUCACUGCAGCAACAGCCCUGCGCACCAUACUGGGCCACCACCUCUCCUUUCUACCUGGUUAUCUGUUGAGCUGUGCAGAGAGUGUGGCCAACCAGUCAGAGACCAAGCCGGUCCCCGACUGCCUGCGCUGGCUCUUCACCCCAUUGGGUAGGCAGUUCUUCCUGAGCUGCGAUUGGUCAGUGAAGUCCGAGAGCACCGACGGGGUGUACACUUCACAGAGAGACCCAGCUGAUCCCAUCGCCCAGCUACACCGCUGUUUCUGCAGGAAGCUUCUGGAGAGAGCUGUUCACACCCUCAUCCAGCCGCAGAGCGACUCCGACGCAGGCAAACACAAGAACGACUCUGGGGAGUUUUCCAGUGCCCUGGAGUUCCUCCAGUUAUUGAACAGCUGUACAGAGGACUCUCCCUCCCCUCCUCCUCCCUUCUCAACUCCUCCCAAUCACACCACCUCUCCAGUGGGAGACCCUGUGAGUCGGUGGUGGGCUUUGGUCCUGAAGGCUGCUGUCCAUUGGCUGCAGGGCGAUGACGUUGCAGUGAGGUCACUGUUGACAGAAGCAGAGCGGAUGCCGAGAGCUCUGCACACUCUUGACCACUCUCUGCCCAAGGCUGUGCUGCUGCUGUGCAAGGCGGUUCAGAUGAGUCUCUCCCCUCUGAAGGGAGAAGGAGCAGUAGCCUGUCUGUCCCACUGCGACAGAGCCAGCAGCUACCUGCGCUCCAGCGUCUCGGUGCCCCUCGCCCAGUCUGGGAACUGGCUGAACAAGGGGGUGGAGCUCCUGGUGUGUGACCUGCUGUUGACCUUGAGGACCAGUUUAUGGCAGCGGGGUGGCAGCAGCAAUGGAGAACCUGGCCCGGCCCCUGGAUCCCAGUUGGCUGGUUUCCAGAGGGACCUCAGCGCGCUCAGAAAGCUCACACAGUGCUACAGACAGGCGCAACACAAGGUGUUUCUUCAUGAGACCACAGUGAGGCUGAUGGCUGGAGCCAGUCCCACAAGGACACACCAGCUGCUGGAGCACAACCUCAGGCGCAGGACACACAGCACCUACACGGCCGAAGGUGAGUGCGUCCUGGGUGAGAGGGAGAGGGCUCACGCCAUCUUGCUGGCCUGCCGCCACCUGCCCAUGCCUCUUCUAACCCCACCCGGGCACCGCGCCCGCCUGCUGGCCGAGGCCAAGCGCACCCUGGAGCGUGUGGGAGACCGGCGGUCCCUGCAGGACUGUCAGCAGAUCCUGCUGCGCCUCAGCGGUGGCACGACCAUCGCCGCCUCCUGAACGCACACACACACGAGCAAUGGCAGAACAGACACACACAGAUUAGGGCUGCUGUCAGUGCAACGAAACAAUGAGCUCUGUAAUUCGCUGUCAUACAUACAAAGAUGUAAAGCAGGCAACUCACCCACCAACAACAGGUAAUUGUUCAUUCCCACCCUCAUACAGACCAAGGGCCAUGAAAAUAAAGACUCUUCUUCAAAUUGCCACACUUCUCUCACACACAGACAGCUGAUUUUCACUGUCACAGCUACAUCUAACUCCACGCCGCAGCUGAAACGCCUGCAGGCUGCACCUUCGCUCCUUUGAUGCUUAGUUUCAUUGUUGCAGCACAAUCGUGCCCCCUUCUGGACAUUAAUGGUACCCUGCUGGCUAACCGCCUCAUUUUAAACAAUGCUACAAAACAACAAGGAAAGUCAGGUUUAAUAGGCCCCAAAGGGAAAAGGGACCAUUAUCUAAUAGCUGUUUAAAUUAAUGCAAUGCAGCAGUGCAUUGAUUAGCUGUAGGAUAUCAAGCUGUACAAUCAUUAUUGGCACACAGCAAUGUGAGUGCUACAAUAACUAUAUAAUGUCUCAUUGAAAUUGCAAGCCUCAAUUAAGGGCUUCAGAGUAUUCAUGAGUAGACAGCUGCGGUCUGUUAAGCAUGGCUGUGCUGAAGGAUGCAGACAGACUGGCUUGCUCUUAACCAUACAGUGCAGAGUAGUGUCUCUUCUUAUCUACCUCAAACACUGUACAAUGCUAGAAUUGUACUGUGGAGCAAAUAGGAUGCUUAAGCACCAUGUUGGUUAUCCUGAGUUUGAAUUAAGUGACCAUUUGAAGCAUAGACUGAAUAAAAGAAGUGGAUGGAGCCACAGUGACAUCACCCAUUGGCAUUAUGGUUGUUGCCAUCUUGGUUUUUUGGAGCCAGGAGUGGCCAUAUUUGGACAAGAGGGUGGCGCUGGGCAGGAUAUGCAUCGCUAUGCGUCUAUCCCUGAUUGGAUCUGACUGAGAACAUGCCAUUGUUGCAUCUUCCAAACUACAAAGUAGCCACGUACUAAAGCAUACCGUGCUUUAUUGUCUGUUAUACUCUAAAUGGGUCCAAAAUUGAUAAGAUCAGCAUCAUGCUGUAAAGAAGAACACUUGAACUAGUGAUUGAGACCAUUAACGUGCUAGAAAGCUGUUUACUGAGGUAAUAAAUCAACUAAGAGAAAGGGUCAUUUUCUCAUAGACUUGUACACAAUCUGGCUUCUUUUGCAACCAGUGCCUCCCAGCUGUUAGAGAGAAUGCAGGUUAAAGGUAUUUCUGCAUUUGUUUCACUUUUCAGACCCUGAAGCUCCGUCCACUGAUUAUACUGUCUGUGGUUUGGAUUGGUGCUUCAAUAUAGUGCAGCGUCAUUCAAAUGAAACCUUGCUGAGCUGCUUCAUCUAGACAGAAGGAUGCUGUUGCAGAAACUGUUAGAAUGACAGACCGCUACUGCUGACAGGCUCACAAGAAACAGGGAAAAAUGAUUGGAUUUGGGGAAUGUCUAAAUAAAAGAGGGAAGCAGCCAAUCACUGGCCGUUUAUUUGAAAAUGCCUGCCUACACACACACAUGCACACAAACACACACACACAGAUACAUAUUAAAGUAAUUGUAUACAAACUCACAAUGUGACUGUAUAUAGGUUGUACAUAGGCAGAUAAACAGAAGUAGAUUAAACAGGAAGUCCUUACCCACUGCUUGAGAGAAGACACACGAAGAAAGCAUCGCAACAUGUCAAAGUUGGCUCGGACUGGUUUCCUGUCAGUCUGGAUCUGAUGGUCUGAAGCUCUGACCAGAAGAGCAAGGUCAGCUGCCUCGCCCUUAAAGUGAUGCUCCACCAAAAAAUCUUUUAUCACCAAACACUUAGCCGCUGUGGCCAGCCGUGGUGGUCAGAUUGAAUUUAUGGUGAUUUUCACAGCAGAAGAAACGUAUCAAAAAUAACUAUCAAAGGUCCUGCUGUCCAUCCUGGUCAGCAACCUUUCAGGCCUACAGGCAGCGAGUGUCAGACGCUCAAAAGAUGUUGGGCGGUGUAUCACUGUAAGGUGUAUGUAAGUGAAAAUGGUCUGAACACACUGAUAAAACCAAGGAAUGAUAUUUCAUGGAAGUUAUGUCCACCUCUCAUGUAAAGCUCUCAAGCAAAAUGGCCUUGAUGUUAUGUAAAAAAUUAUUUUAUUAUGUUUCAUCAUAUUUGGAAUGAUGGAGGAGUUGUAGCUUUGUGAAAUGUUUGUCCAAUUUGCUUUUUAUUUGUAAUUUUUGACUUAUUCAUUACACAGCACUUCUGUCAUUCCUGUUUCUGAUCAUCUUAUUUAAUGGUUAAGUAAUGUAAUAUUAAUAUAAAUGCUUUUGGGGGGAAGGGAGCAGUUCUACAGUUAUGUCAUUGUUAUUGUUUUAUAUCAAUAAAAGCAGCCUAGGGUCAGAUACCGUCAGAGGGAGAAUCUCCAAUAGGUGUUGUGUAUUUUAUUGAAGAAGUAAAGCCUGCAUUUAAACAAUUAGCUUGAUAUUUUAGAAUCACUCUUUCUUUGGAACAUGCUGUAAUUUCGCCGCAGUUUUUGAAAUGCAAGCAAACACACAAGUAUGCUAUUGGAAAUUUCAGAACUGUCUUCCAGGCCAACCCAAGGUGUAAGUUAGCAACCUAAAAAUCCUGAAAAUCUUAAAUCAGUUCGGAUUAGCUUUCCUGAUUGGCAAAAGUGUUCACAGAGGAAAGCAAUCCUCAGUCAGCCAUUGGCAGGCUGGAGCUUUUGCUAUCAUUAGAUGUAUGUUACAGUUGGGUUUUUUUUGUUGUUGUUGGUUGUUUUGUCUUUCCCCUUGAUGUUUUAUUGUCUGAAUUUCAUUGUUCAUUUUGAUGUUUGUUUUUAUAAUAAAACAAGAUACGACAGUG